CGGCAAAAUAGCAAAAUGCCGUUUUUUCAGGCGGGUCAAGUAUACAGGAAUUUCCAAAAUCAGUGCCAGUUGGCGAUUGCGCAAAAACCUUUUCGCGUGCUGACCAAAAUGGCGUCUCGAGGUGGACUGGCGUUGAGAAAUCUUGUGAGAUUUGCCGUAAGGACGAGAGCUCAUAAUGUCACUGCUCACGUCAUUCGCCCACAAAUGUUGUCAUCCAUUUCUGCUAGAUCACUAUAUGCUAUUUCCUCGCAUGUCAACCCCAAUAUCAUCGCACUGCAACGUUCAAGGCAGCGUUUUUUUGCAAGCGACCAGGGAAGUGAGACUAUUGAAGAGCAAACCAUGAAUGUUUUAAAAUUAUUUGAUAAAGUUGACCCGUCAAAGGUUACCUUAGAGGCACACUUCAUUAACGAUCUUGGUCUAGACAGUCUGGAUGUUGUAGAAGUUGUCAUGGCUUUUGAAGAUGAAUUUGGCAUCGAAAUAUCGGAUGAAGAGGCUGAAAAAAUAUUUACAGUGCAACAAGCAGUUGAUUUAAUCAAAGCCAAACUAGAUUCUUAAACAAUGUUGUUUUAGAAAAUCUUUUCCCCGAGAAUUAUUUUGAUUAUCAAGGUAUAAAAGUACGAACUUCAACGUGGAUGUCGUAAACGUGUGUUCCAACAUCUUAUUUUCGGAGACAAGUAUUUUUUUAGAUAUAUCGAUGUGUAUAUAUGUAUCACUGAAAUACAAUUUCAAUUCUGUAA